AUGGCUGAAACCCCACGGCCACUCCUUUUGCUCUCCUUGCUGGUCGCUUGGGGCCGGGCCUCUCCUUGCGAGGGGCCCGUCUGCCUGGAUGACACCUUGGGCUUCACGGCCUUGGUUCAGACGGACCAGCACUACCGGCGGCAGCGGUCUCUGCAAGCCGCCGGAGGGAACCAAAGCGCCCGCCAGGGCGCCCUGCCGGGCACCGGGAGCCCCCCAGUUCCGGACGUCCGGGCGGCCUUCGCGGCCCUGGGCCGCGACGGCCGGGUGCUGGAGAUCGACAAGGGGAGCGCUUGGCCGUCGGACCACUACAAGAGCUACAUGCCCCCAUAUGCCGAGCACAUCGAGGGCGUCCAGCGCUUCAAGGGCAGCUACAUUGCAUUCUCAGGAGCCGAAAGCGACGCGGGUGACCUCUUCAUUGCCGCCCUGAACGGUGUGGCAGGCUCUGGCCGUCUGGGUCAGGGGACCGGGGAGGUGGUGAAGCGGGUGAUCGUGGACUCGACCCUGACUCAUGCCGGUGGCUUCCAAAUCAGCGGCGAUCUGCUCGCGAUCGGGGCCGAAGCCCAGUGCUCGCCGAUGCAGAGAGUCUUUGGUGGUUGCAAGCACAGAUCCCAGGUGCUGUUCUUUGAUCUUUCUGAUCCGCUGAACCCAGUCAAGCUGCCGACUUUCAUCGAUCGGCCUGGGAAAACUGCCGGGGCAGUUGGGAUUGUGCGCCAAGCCAACGGGAAGUGGCUUGUGAUGGUGGGUGAUGGCGACAACAAUAACAUUGACCUGUACGUUGAAGGUGAGGCUGGAUCCUUCAACCUCGUGGCAUCUUGGGGCAAGCAAGAGCUGCUCAAGGAUGCCGGAGUGGAGGGGGGCUACAAGUCCUACCAGAACAUGAACGUACUUCUCCAAAGCGAUGGGCAGCUCUUCAUGGUCUGCACUGCCCUGUCUUCUAUGUUUAUGGGCUCCGACUACUUCGACCUCUUUACUGUCCAGCCCUCCGACGAUGGCCGGGCCACCAUCACCAUGGUGGACUCGAAGAAGGCCACCUGCCACGGCUGCACUUUCGCAGCCGCGGCUGGGAUCUACGUGAAUCCCGAGGAUCCUUCGCAGCUGCUCGGCUACGCGUCGGGCUGGCUGCCGUCCUCGAAGUCCUUUUCAAGUGUGCCGGUGCCGGGCAACACGAUCUUUGUCAACGAGUUCUGA